CCACCCACAAGUCAAAAUGCACCUGUAUAUGGUCCUGAUCUCGUGCCUGGUGAGCUCCUCGCACUGCUGGCAGUUCGACGGCGGAGGCCAGCGAAGGACGAGGAACGCGGCUCGAGGACCUCCGCCCACGGGCGGCAGGGGAUCCGCGGCCCUACUGGGCUCCCAGCAACAGGACAUCCUCUACGCCUGUCCGCUCAACUCGAUGUGCCAGUGUGCCGGCCUGCCCAACGAGACAAGCACCUUGAUUGAGAUUAAUUGCAACGAGGUGGCCCUUUACAAGUUUCCAGAGUUCAUGCACAGCAGUGUGCGCUACAUUGAGAUGUCCAACACGCACCUGCAAAGCGUCGACGAUGAGACCUUCCAGGGACUGCGUCUCAAGACGCUGAAGCUAAUCGACAACGAACUGCAGGAUAUAUCCGAGCGGAGCUUCAGCACGAUGACACACUCGCUAAUGACACUGGAUAUAUCAGGAAACAAGAUGCAACAAUUGCCACUGGAAGCGUUGCAGCGGUUACAUUCCCUUUCAAGGCUUGUGGCUCAACGCAAUCACAUUACCACCUUGGAUGGCAACUGGGAUGCUCAGCUGGAUACCCUCCGGUCACUGCAUCUGUCGGACAACGACAUCACGGAGGUGGCUCCGGGCGGUGGAGCUAUCGAUGUUAUCUCCCAGAAUGACAACAGCUCUCAGCCCUCAAGCUUGGCGGCGGUACAGACGCGACUGGAGGCCAGCAAUUCACUUUACCCACCAUCACCCAGUUCCGGGGAUCGCUCCUCCGGAGGCCGCCACUUUGAGCAGCUGCAGAAGCUACUCUGGCUGGAUCUGUCGAAUAAUAGGAUCUACCAUGUGGCUGCCAACUAUCUACCGAGAUCCCUGGUGACCAUGGAUUUGUCUAGCAACCUCCUCACAGUGUUUCCCCAGCAAUUGUUUGAGCAACUACCAGAGCUACGGAUAGUCAGUCUGAGAGAUAAUCUCCUGCGGAGUGUGCAGUGGAAAGAGCUUCAGGUGAAGCCAUUGCGAAUGCAUCUUGAGCGGCUUGAUCUCGGCCAGAACUGUAUAGAGAGCCUGGAGUCUGAUUACUUUCAGCACAACUAUUCGGACGUGCACUUGAGGGCCCUGAACCUGGAACAGAACUUUGUGACCCAGCUGCCGGAGGCAGUAUUCAAGGCCACAGGUAUAGCUCACCUGGUUUUAUCCUUCAAUGCGAUUAGCCGCGUACAUCCAGCAGCCUUCGAAGGGCUAACAGAGACUCUGGAGUAUUUGGACCUGGAGAGGAACCGUCUCACCACUGUGCCAGUGGCCAUAUCCGGGCUGCAUCGACUGAAGUACCUCUACCUGACAUCCAAUCAGAUCAGCCAACUGAGCAAUCUUCCCUCGUAUACGGAGAACUUGCGGGUGCUCAGUUUGAGUGGCAAUAACUUCACCAUGAUCCCUGUUCUCGGCCUGAAGAACUACACCCAACUAUCCUAUUUGAAUAUGGGUUAUAACUCCAUUUCGGACAUACCAGAGGGCAUAUUUGCAGUGGACUCGUGGGGCAGCAAUUUGCAAACCAUUUUGCUGCGCAAUAAUAAGAUAACUCAUCUCCACCUGGGAUCAUUUGCGGGACUGGACGAGAUUCAGGAGAUCAGCCUGAGUUUUAACGACAUUACCAUUCACCAUCCUCUGGUGUUUGAGAAUGUCUCGAGGACCCUGAAGAUCUUAGAGCUCUCGUUUGCAGUAUUUCCGGCUAGAAGCCUGGAGAGUCUCGACCCACUCGACGCCCUCUUGCCGCUCUCCCAGCUCAUUUGGUUGGGACUGGAUAACAACAAUUUGAAGCAGGUCUCCAAUGAGUCCUUUGCCCAGAUGCGUGAACUGAGCUACAUUAACCUGAGCUUCAACCAGCUAAAGACACUGCCUCGAGGACUCUUUCAGCCCGGUGUACACAGCCACCUGGUGGAAAUCGAUUUGUCUUACAAUGCUUUAGAGCGCCUGGAGGCGCAAACAUUUAACAACCUGGGGGACUUGCAAACACUGAACAUUCAGUCUAACCGCCUGAGGACCAUAGCCCGACAUGCCUUUCACAAUCUGGAGUUCCUGCGUUAUCUGGACUUGUCCCACAACCGGCUGGUCAAUAUCUCCCAUGGGGCCUUUACGGUGCUGCCCAAUCUGGCCGCCUUGGAUCUUAUGCACAACCAGCUGUGUGCCCUGUCCCUGAAGUCCUUUCACUACGUUUCGAAUACCACAACUCCGUUGCGCCUCAAUGUGAGCCACAAUCACAUAUCCAGCUUCGACGAUGAACUGAGCAGCUACAUGUACAUCUACCAGCUGGACAUCAGCCACAAUCAUGUGACGAAGUCAGACAGCUUUACGAACCUGGCCAACACGCUGCGGUUCCUGAAUCUGGCCCAUAACUUCCUAGGAGCUCUGCAGAGCCAUGCCUUCGGGGACCUAGAGUUUCUGGAGAUCCUUAACCUCGCCCACAACAAUCUCACCUCGCUGAGGCGUCGCAGCUUCCAGGGACUGAACAGUUUGCAGGAACUAGACCUUAGCCACAACCAGCUGGACCAACUGCAAGUGGAGCAGUUCUCGAAUCUGAGAAAGCUCAGGAUUCUGCGAAUCAAUUCGAAUCGCCUGAAGGCUCUGCCACGAGAGGUGUUCAUGAACACCCGGCUGGAGUUCCUGGACAUUGCCGACAAUCAGUUGAGCGUGUGGCCAGUGCCAGCCUUCACGGACAUCGGCUUCACCCUGCGCUCCAUCCAGAUGUCGCGCAACAAUCUGGAGUACUUGGACGCCUCGAUGUUCAUCAACUCGCAGUUCCUGUACGAUAUCAGUCUGGCCCGCAAUCGCAUCACUAUUCUGCCGGACAACACAUUCAGCUUCCUGAACAAUCUGACCAACCUGGACCUGUCACAGAAUCCCCUGGUGACGACAAACCUGCGGGAGGUGUUCGUCCACACGCCCCGCCUCAGGAAGCUGAGCCUGCACCACAUGGGCCUGUAUGUGCUGCCGCCGCUAAAGCUCCCCCUCCUAUCUUACCUGGACGUGAGUGGCAACUACCUGCAGGAGCUGUCGCCGCUUGGUUCGCUGCGUCACCUGCGUCACGUCAAUGUCUCGCACAACAAGCUGACGAACGCCAGCUGUGCGGCGGAGCACUUGCCGCCCUCCGUUCGAGUCCUGGACCUCGCCCACAACCCCCUGCGCCGCAUAACCCUGCACGACCUGGCCAGUCUGCGGCACCUGGCCGAGCUGAACAUUCUGGACGUGAAGGUGGCCAACCCCCAGGCCUUCUCCAAGCUGCGAUCGCUGCGUACCCUGCACGCCAGUUCCCAUGCCAACCUUGGUGAAAUCGUGUCCAGGAUUCCAGGUCUGCAGCAGUUGAAAGUGCAUUGCCUUGAGCCGAACAUUGGGCCCCAGCUGCUGGCCAAGCUGGCGAACAACACCAAGCUCCGGCUGCUUGAGCUCUACGGCAGCAAUGUGCAGACCAUAGCUCCGGAUGUAUUCUCGGGACUCUCACGUAACCUGCGCCUGCAGGUGAAGAUCUCGCACACCCGCAUCUCUGACCUGCCGCCGGGCAUCUUCUACGACCUUCGCGAGGUACCGCAUCUGUCCAUCGACAUUUCGCAUAAUCGCAUCAACGCCCUGGCAGCCGAUAGCUUCUAUCCCAACAAGAGCUACUGGGAUGCGGUGGGAACGCGCAGUAUAAUGGGCGGACUCAUCACCUCGCACAAUCCUUUAGAGUGUGAGUGCGGACUGGUCUGGUUCGGACACUGGCUGCGACGGUGGCUGCGGGAGUCCGCUCAGAUCAAGGUCAUCCAGAAGGAUGACCUCAAGCGCAUGGUUCAGUUACCCCUAUCGUUUGCCGAUAUGCGCCGCGCCCGUGCCAACACUUGCCACGACCCGACAUCGGGUCGACACCUGCCCAUCCUGGAGAUCUUUCCGGAGGACCUCCUCUGCCAGGCGAGUGCGUUGAGCAGUUCGGGCCAGCGGAUCUUCCUGCUAUCCUUCGCCAUGGCCCUGCUGUUGCCCAUUCUGAUGACCACGAUGACCCUCUGAUGUUGGCCCUGUUGGCCGGCAAAGUAAGUUGUGCUGGGAACUCAGCUCUGGGGCUAACUGCUGAAGAUACUCAACUGCCUGUUUUUGUAUGAUAUGUACAUAUAUAAAUAAUACCAAACUUACACUAAUCGGUAGCUACGAAUUUUUGGGAUUUAGCUAAUUGUGAGAGGCAGCCCCGUAACAAUAAAGAUAAAGUUAGUUGAAAGACAAGCAAAUCGGUUUAUGUCCACUCGUAACUUGUAAGUUUUAUAUAAAUACAUUAAAUACAUAUACACAUAUAUAUUAAGUAGAGGGACAGGUCAUGUCAUGGGCAGGGAUUUCCCUAUCCAUUCUGUGUAUGAUUUCAUCGAAAACUCGCAAACUUCCAGCAUGAUGGCAAAUCUCCAAGUUCCCCUGUCCCAUUGCAUGACUGCAUGUCUUGGCCAACAUUAAACGUAAUUAAUACAAUUGAUUACAUACACUGAACCAUACACUCACCAGCGAACAUAUGAUGAUUCCUAAUACACUCACACACACAUUUAGAGCCUAGAAAACCAACACUUUCGCAUAUCCAUAGAUCAGCCUAGAAAAGUAAGCUCUUAAUAAUAAUUUUUAAAAGGAAAAGUUGGCCAGCGAGACUAUCGUUUUAUUUUCCUAUCAUUUCCCCACUUAGACAAGGCCAAUAAGUACGUUAAAUAUAAAUAAAUAUACCUAUUGAUAAAUCCAGAUAUAAAGCGAUAUACACUAAUAAUAUGAACAAUUAUGGGAUAGUAAUUAACAAUUGGUUUUUAAACAAGAGUAGCGAAGAACAUUGCACAACUAACAGCAAAUCUAGGAAACAGUUCGUAACUUUGCGGGCACUCAAUUUUUAAACAAACACACACACGCGCAGACAUAUAUAAGUACAUAUCAGUUUGGCAAAAAAUAAAAAAUAAAAAAACGUAAAAUAAAGAAAAACAUAAUCGUGUCAUAUGCAAAAGGGAGAUGGAAGGAUACACAACUCCAAGCAAUUUAACUGAGAGGAAUAAAUUACACAAUAAAAACGUCCCUGUUUUUUCGUUCAUUACUCACCAUUUUCCAUUGGAAUUUUUAUAUUUACCCUUUAUAUUCUUUCGGUUACAACAAUGACAAUCGUGAUACUAAUUGUAGUUGUUUACACGACGAUGAUGCAAAAUGCACAAGUAAAAUAAUAAUAAUAAUGAUAUUGGAUAAAUAAACUAUUCAAUGAGACAAAGUGGGCAAAUGAAUUAUGGCCACACAAACACAAUGGAAAAGCUGCUGGUAAUGCAACUUUUUUUUAUCUAACCAUUAUUUCGUUUUAUCCCAUUAAAAAAACAAAACAACAAAAAAAAGGAAUAAACAUACAAAAAAUAUG